CUGUGUGCUCGGAGUCAAGAACUACAUGAUCUGAUCCGGGGACGGGCUGCUAUGGAUGUAUCGGCAUCCAAAGUGAAAAGUGAGGAGGACAGUGAGGUCCCAUUGUGCCAGGUGACCCAGAAGGGCAUGAUACUUUUACCUUCUGCCUCAGCUGUCACUGUCCCCAUAGUCACCUGCUCAGAAAUGCAGCGAUCACUGGUGGGAGAGCAGCGAGAAAGGAGGGAAGCAGCGCCAGUUAUGGCCACGGUGAACUCGCAGUUCUGUUUCAGCUCCCGGGAGCCUAAAGAGGAACCUGCUAUACAAGAUGAAAGCCCUCAACAGACCAUAGAAAUAACCAGCCAAGCCUACCCAGAAGGCCUUGAGGGAAAGGACAGCCCUCAUUCUGAUACUACACUGUGUCUCUGUGAUACGUGUGGCUGCCAGCAUGUGCCUGGGGCAAAAUGUGAAACCUGCGGUGAAGUCUGUCAAUUUAAAGAGAGCAGGUCCGUGAUCGUGGAGCCAUCACAAGGUUUUGGGGUAGGCAACGAGACCCCAAAACCCGUCAAGAAACGGAGACCAAAGGAAUACCAAAGUCCAGCAGAGUCGGAGGCUGAGCCAAUGCUGAAAGAGCGGAAAAGCCCAGGAGAUGCUGAUGAUCCCCAUGUGAGGAGCUCAGAAGGGGAACUAUGGAGCCAGAGAGAACCACAAAUUUCAGGGGACGAGUCGGGAGAUUCUUGGUCUUGGUCUUCUUACCUGGAGGAACAGAAAUGCGUUGCUGCUCCUCUUAAUCUCUUUCGGGAGUGCCAGCUGGGAACUCAGCACAAGAAUGGCUUCAAGGUGGGGAUGAAGCUAGAGGGAAUCGACCCCCAGCAUCCAUCCAUGUAUUUCAUCCUCACGGUGGCUGAGGUGUGUGGAUUUCGUAUAAGAGUUCACUUUGAUGGGUAUUCAGACUGCCAUGAUUUUUGGGUGAACGCCGACUCGCCUGAUAUUCACCCUGCUGGUUGGUGUGAGAGGACUGGACACAAGUUACAGCCCCCAAAAGGAUACAAAGAUGAAGACUUCAGCUGGACCCAUUACCUGAGACUAACAAAAGCUCAUGUUGCUCCUAAACAUUUAUUUAUAACCCCAAAAAUUGGUGCUCCCCCAUCCCUCUUUCGGGUGGGUAUGAAAUUAGAAGCUGUGGACAAGAUGAAUCCAUCUCUCAUAUGUGUGGCCAGCGUUACUGAUGUAGUAGAAGACAGAUUUCUUGUGCAUUUUGACAAUUGGGGUGACACCUAUGACUAUUGGUGUGACCCUAGCAGUCCCUAUGUUCACCCUGUGGGAUGGUGUCAAGAACAUGGGAAGCCUCUCACCGCCCCUCAAGACUAUCCAGACCCUGAUAACUUCACCUGGGAGCAAUACCUGAUGGAGACAGGAGCCACUGAAGUGCCUGCCCGAGCCUUCCACACUCGGCCACCACAUGGAUUCAAAAUCAACAUGAAGCUGGAGGCGGUAGACAGAAGGAAUCCUUCACUGAUCCGGGUGGCAUCGGUGGUGGAAGUGGAAGAGUGCAGAAUAAAGGUUCACUUUGAUGGCUGGAGCCAUUUGUAUGACUUUUGGCUGGACGCUGACCACCCAGAUUUACACCCUGUGGGUUGGUGCCAGAGAACAGGACACCCACUGCAAACUCCACUCCGACACCGUGAUUCUCCAAACUUAUCACCGGGCGCUUGUGUGUCUCUCAGCUGUAAAGGGAUUUCUCACUCACGAAGCAAUAAAUACAGUUUCCACCACAGGAAGUGCCCCACUCCUGGCUGCGAUGGUUCUGGCCAUGUGACCGGAAGAUUCACAGCUCAUCACUGUCUGUCUGGUUGUCCCCUGGCUGAUCGGAACCAGCAACCAGCAAGAAGCAGGAACCCUAUCCCACUGCCACCUCGGAGGAAAUCCAGACAUCAUGGCAGAAUUGGACGUCCUCCCAAAUAUCGCAGAGUGCAACAAGACAGCUUUCAAGACCCAGUUCACCAGUCGCUCUUUAUGUCGGCCAUGUCGGUCCAUCCUGAUCGAGCCCUUGCUCACUGCUGGGAACAGCACUGCCGACUCUUGCCUGGCGUUGCUGGUAUCAGUGCCAGCACUGUAUCGAAAUGGAGCACAGAAGAGGUGUUCAACUUCGUGCAGACGCUGACAGGAUGUGAGGACCAAGCCCGACUUUUCAAGGAGGAGAUGAUAGACGGACAAGCCCUCCUGCUCCUAACACAGACGGACAUUGUAAAGAUCUUGUGCAUAAAACUGGGGCCGGCAGUGAAGAUUUACAACUCCAUCCUCAUGUUCAAGAAUACUGAGGACUCUACAGACUGACUGACCUACUGGCUCAAAGAUCCUGUAGACCUUCGUUACCAAUGUCCUAGGCUACCACAUGAAUGCCCUCUAUGCAGAGCAAAUAUGGUUUUCUGAGACACUGAAUCUGAA